GCCCGCUUCCCAACCCAACUGGCUAGGGUCCGCUCGGACUCGGCCCCCGGCCCGCCCCCUCCAGCCCUCAGCGCCUCCCGCCGCUGCUCGGCUUCGCCACUUCGGGGUUGGAGCUGCCCGGGCCACCGGUACUGGGCCGCUUCUCUGGCGCGCUUGGCGGACGACGCGGCGGGUUCCAGACGUCUGUCUCUCCGUCGGUCCAGAGAGAAUUUCCAGAUCCGCGCCCCGGGAUGGGACAGGCUCUGCUGCUGCUCUUGCGGUGGCUCCUCCUCCCCGCGCUCUGGAGGGGAGCUAUUGCUGAAGCGAGGGAAGACACCAAGCACACACUGCCGUUCCCAGGACCUCUCCCAGGAAGCCCGCAGGCUGACCACAUGCCAUUUUCCUUUCCACACACCCGCGGGCACCAGGCCACCUCGAUGUUGCCACCCACCCAGCCUGGAAGACCGCACACCAGAAACACAGCCCUUCCCAGGGUGACCUCCAGGUCCAAGUUCCUGCCGCGUCUUGCAUUUAACCACACAGUUGGCCACAUAAUACUUUCUGAACACAAAGAUGUGAAGUUCAAUUGCUCAAUCAACAUUCCUAAUAUCUACCAGGACAGCGCGGCUAUUUCUUGGUGGAAAGAUGGGAAGGAAUUGCUGGGGGCCCAUCAUGCAAUUACUCAGUUUUAUCCAGAUGAUGAAGUUACAGCAGUAAUCGCUUCAUUCAGCAUAACCAGUGUGCAGCGUUCAGACAAUGGGUCAUAUAUCUGUAAGAUGAAAAUCAACAAUGAAGAAAUCGUGUCUGACCCCAUCUACGUCGAAGUUCAAGGACUUCCUCACUUUACGAGGCAGCCUGAGAGCAUGAAUGUCACCAGAAACACAGCCUUCAACCUCACCUGUCAGGCCGUGGGCCCGCCCGAGCCCGUCAACAUUUUCUGGGUUCAGAACAGCAGCCGUGUUAAUGAACUUCCAGAAAAAUCCCCCUCCGUCCUGACUGUUCCUGGUCUGACCGAGACCGCCAUCUUCAGCUGUGAGGCCCAUAAUGACAAAGGGCUGACCGUGUCCAAGGGCAUCCAGAUCAACAUCAAAGCAAUUCCUUCCCCACCAUCUGAAGUCAGGGUCCACAACAGUACUGCACACAGCAUCCUGAUCUCCUGGCUCCCUGGUUUUGAUGGAUACUCCCCACUCAGCGAUUGCAGCAUUCAGGUCAAGGAAGUUGAUCCGCUGAGCAAUGGCUUGGUCAUGACUUUUAACACCUCUGCUUCGCCACAUUUGUAUCGCAUCGAGCAGCUGCAGGCUCUGGCUAAUUACAGCAUUGCUAUGUCCUGCAUGAAUGAAGUCGGCUGGUCUGCUUUGAGUCCUUGGAUUCUGGCCAGCACGACCGAAGGAGCCCCAUCAGUAGCGCCUCUGAAUGUCACUCUGUUUCUGAAUGAGUCGAGCAACAAGGUGACCGUCAGGUGGAUCGAGCCUCCGAUAAAGCGGCAGGAUGGGGAGCUGGUGGGCUACCAGAUCUCUCACGAGUGGCAGAGUGCAGAGACCUCCAAAGAGCUCUCUGAAGAAGUCGGCCAGAACAGCAGCCUUACUCAGCUUUCUGUUCAAGCCUACAAUGCCACGUGUUCCGUGAGGAUUGCGGCCGUCACCAAAGGGGGGGUCGGGCCCUUCAGUGACCCUGUGAAGAUAUUCAUCCCUGCACACGGUCGGGUAGAUUUUGCACCCUCGUCAACCCCAGCACCUGGCAAUGCAGAUCCUGUGCUCAUCAUCCUUGGCUGCUUUUGUGGAUUUGUUUUGAUUGGGUUGGUGUUAUAUAUUUCUCUGGCCAUCAGGAAAAGGUUUCAGGAGACAAAAUUUGGGAGCGCCUUCACAGAGGAGGAUUCGGAAUUAGUCGUCAGUUAUAUAGCAAAGAAGUCCUUCUGUCGGCGAGCCAUCGAACUCACUUUACAGAGCUUGGGAGUCAGUGAGGAAUUGCAGAAUAAACUAGAAGAUGUUGUGAUUGACAGGAACCUUCUAAUUCUUGGAAAAAUUCUGGGCGAAGGAGAGUUCGGGUCUGUCAUGGAAGGAAAUCUUAAUCAGCAAGAUGGGACCUCUCAGAAGGUGGCAGUGAAAACCAUGAAGUUGGACAACUUUUCGCAUCGAGAGAUUGAGGAGUUCCUCAGUGAGGCCGCAUGCAUGAAAGACUUCAACCACCCAAAUGUCAUCCGACUCUUAGGUGUAUGUAUAGAAAUGAGCCCUCAAGGCAUCCCCAAGCCCAUGGUGAUUUUACCCUUCAUGAAAUACGGGGACCUGCAUACCUACUUGCUCUACUCCCGACUGGACACAGGACCAAAGCAUAUUCCUCUGCAGACACUGUUGAAGUUCAUGGUGGACAUUGCCCAGGGAAUGGAGUAUCUGAGCAACAGGAAUUUUCUUCAUCGAGAUUUAGCUGCUCGGAACUGCAUGUUGCGAGAUGACAUGACCGUCUGCGUGGCGGACUUUGGCCUCUCUAAGAAGAUUUACAGCGGCGAUUACUACCGCCAAGGUCGCAUCGCUAAGAUGCCUGUGAAAUGGAUCGCCAUAGAGAGUCUCGCAGACCGAGUCUACACCAGUAAAAGUGACGUGUGGGCAUUUGGCGUGACCAUGUGGGAAAUAGCCACACGAGGAAUGACCCCCUAUCCCGGAGUCCAGAACCACGAAAUGUAUGACUAUCUUCUCCACGGCCACAGGCUGAAACAGCCCGAGGACUGUCUGGAUGAACUGUAUGAAAUAAUGCACUCGUGCUGGAGAGCUGAGCCCUUGGACCGCCCCACCUUUUCAGUGCUGAGGCUGCAGCUAGAAAAGCUCCUGGAAAGUCUCCCUGAAGUUCGGGACAAAGCGGACGUCAUUUACAUCAACACACAGUUUCCGGAGAGCUGCGAGGGCUUGGCCGAGGGCUCGGCCCUAGUCCAGCUGGACUUGAAUAUUGAUCCGACCUCUGUAAUCGCUUCUUGUGCUUCCGGCGCUGCGGUCAGCGUAGUCACGGCGGAAGUGCACGAGAACAGAGCUGAGGAGGGAAGGUACAUCCUCAACGGGGGCAGCGAAGGAUGGGAAGAUCAGGCUUCUGCCAGCCUGGCCCCGGGGCCAGCGGGAAAGAACGGUACUUUCCCGGAGGACAGACGGGGAAGGAAUGGGGCAUCCUGGUCCCAGUCGAGCACGCUGCCCUUGGGGAGCCCAUCACCAGAUGGACUCUUGUUUGCUGACGACUCCUCAGAAGACUCAGAAGUCCUCAAGUGAGGGGAGUUGAGACCUUCCCCCACCAAGGAAAUUCCACCUUAACAGAAUCCACGGACGCUUGAUAUUUGGGGUAUUUGUCUCCCUUACCAGGGAAACGCCACAGCCCGAAAGCACCACGUGAAUGUUGCCAAGUACGUCAUCGUUUAAAAUACGUAAUAUAUAUUUAUUUAAAGAGAAAAUAUCUAUAUGUAUAUGGUGGAAAGAGACGAAGAUAUUCUAUUUUAAUAAAAGAUGACAUAUCUCCUGUCACUUAUCUUACAGA